CCAUUUUUAUUUUAUUUUAUAAAUUAUUGAGUGAUAAUUUUAAUAUGUUUUUCGCAUUUUCAAUAAUUUAGAUAUAAAAUUUAUAAUACAACCUAACUCUGUCCCAAAACCUUGAAACCCCCAAUUCCAUUUCUGCCAUAACCCCUAAAAUGAAGCUUUUGUUGUAUAUCUUAAGAAAUUCAAAUUCAAUAUCUGUUCACAGAUGUGUUUAAUCGUUUCUACAUUUCGAGGCCAAGUGAUCAUCUUUACAGACGCACCAAUGGAGAAUCGUUGUACAGAAGAGUUUCACCCUUAGGUGACCCAAAUGUGUCUAUAGUACCCGUACUUGAUCAAUGGAUCAAUGAAGGGAAACAUGUUGUUAAAGAAGAACUUCAGGGUAUGAUCAAUUUAUUAAGAGAUUACAGAAGAUACAAACAUGCCCUUGAGGUGUCUUAUUGGAUGACUGACAAAAGAUUUUUCAGCCCCGAACCUUUUGAUGUUGGAGUGCGAAUUCAUCUGAUUUUUAAAGAUAAAGGUUUAGAAGAAGUUGAGAAGUAUCUCAAUAGCAUCCUGCAGCAAUUUAAAGGCUUUCAAAUUUAUUCAGCUCUUCUCAACUGCUAUACCAGUGAGAAGUCUGUAGAGAAAGCUGAGGCCAUCAUGCAAAAAAUACGAGAUAGGGGGCUUGCUAGGGCUCCAUUGUGCUACAAUUUCAUGAUGAACAUGUACUAUCAAACAGGAAAUUGGGGGAAAAUGGACAACAUGAUGAAUGAAAUGAAGGGAAAGGGUAUAAUUUUUGACCAGUUCACUCUCAUGAUCAGGUUAAGUGCAUAUGCUGCUGCUGGAGAUUCUGAUGGAAUGGAUAAAAUAGCAAAGAUGUUGGAAUCUGAUAAACGGAUCAUAUUGAAUUGGAAUGCUUAUGCUAUCACCGCAGAGAAGUAUCUCAAUGUUGGGCAAGCGGAAAAAGCUCUGGCAAUGCUGACUAAAGUGGAGGGCAUGAUUGCCACUAGCAUGAAUAAGCAUCAUGCAGUUGGUUUAUUACUGAAACUCUAUGCGCAAGCUGGAAAGAAGGAAGAGCUACAUCGAGUUUGGGAUCUGUUCAAGCAGAAUCUACGAAUGUAUAACAAGGGUUACAUUAGCAUGAUGAAUUCAUUAAUGAAAUUUGACGACAUAGAUGGAGUUGAACAAAUAUUUGAGGAAUGGGAAUCACAGGGGUUAUCCUAUGACUUCCGAGUUCCAAACUUUUUGAUUGGCGCAUAUUGCAGAAAUGGUCUUCUACGCAAAGCUGAGGCCCUCAUCGACAGAGGAUUAUCAAAAGGAGGUGUUCCUUCUGUCAUCACAUGGUGUCAUUUGGCAAGUGGAUAUAUCCAUGAAGAUCAGGUCUCAAAAGCCAUAGAAGCAUUGAACAAGGCAAUCUCAAUCUGCCCGCCUAAAUUUAUCCCUAGCAAGGAGACUUUACGUACCUGUGUAGAAUAUUGGGAAAAUCAGGGAAAUGUGGAGAAGGCUGAGGAGUUUGUGAGGUCUUUAGAGGUGGAGGGUGUCUUUUCAGCAGUUUUUUGUGACAAGUUGCGGUGCUUCAUCAACAAAUGAAAACUCCUAACAGGACCAACAUCGAAGGUAGGAACAACUGAAGGGGAGUUGUGAUUUUGUGGGGGCUGUAUACUGCAAACUGAAACUUAUUAGGAGGCUCAGUCCAUGUAGUUCAGUGAGUUACAGGUUCUGCUUUCAAUAUACUAUAACAUAGCUGUUAUUUGUGUUCGAAAUUGAACACCCUGUCGUUUAUCUCACUGAAACUUGUAAAAUUGGUAGCUUCUAGUGAUUUUAGGCUGCAUCAUCUAUGAUUGCUAGCAUACCAUACCACCUAAUAUUAGUCGUUAAUCUUGUCAAGAUGCUAUAUUAUGGAGACAUGCUGUGCAAAUGAGCUCUUAAAGUGGGUACAUACUAGUAUAAUCAGCUCCAAAUGGAUAGUCAAUCUCUACACAUCUUGAUAAUCAUGCAUGCCCUGUUAAAGCGCAACGUAGAACAGAACGCGUUUCUUCCUUGUUUUGGCUCUCCAAUGGCUGCUGGGAUAGAACGUGUCUUCUUUGUUUUGGUGUCAAUGACUGCUGGAUCGCCAUCUUCUUUUGUGUCAGCUUGUUCAUGUUUGUUUGUGAAGAAAUGACUAGUAACCUAGUUGGUUUCUCGUCAUAUCGUGUUACAAGGUACUUAGCUUGUGAGAAGUUGGUUCAAUGAGAAGUGCAAUUUUAUAAUUUAAACAAAGCAUUAACAUCCUAUUUGAAGAAUGGCGAUGAGACCUAUUUUUUCAACAUGGCACUGUGGCAGAUGUAUAUAAACAUGCAAAAGAUAACAUGUAAUUUUCAGAAUUGU